CUGUGACUCGUGUUCUCUGUCGCUCCACUUCGUCUCCUCCAUUUCUAUACUCCUUGCUACUGUUGCCCUCGUGUCUCCUAUCAAUCUCGCAGUUCCAUGGAGGACUGAGACACAGUGGAGGUUUGUACCGAAAGAGGCUAUGGAGGUUUAGGGAAUAUGUAUCAAGAUCCAAGGGUAAUUCAUUUUGUUUUAGGAGCAGAAUCUGAAUAAGCUAGAAUAAAGCAGACGGCUGCCAGCAGGGAGGCCUGAAGAGAGGUGUAUGGUUGUUUUUUAAUGGCUUAGCAAAAUUCCAAGCUAAUUCAACCAAACUCUUUUUCUCUCUCUCAAGGCUUGUACGCUGACUUUGGUUUCAUUUUUGGAGUUCCUGAAAGGAGCUGAGAGAACGAUCAUUUCCAUGUUCUUAGAGAUUAGACCUUAAAUCCCAUGUGGUCUCCUCUUACCAGGUUAGCUUCUUGCCGUAAUUUUGUAAAAUAUUCCUUAAACCUCCGAUUGAAGUCUGUUUCAUCGUUUUCCCAUUUAACUUGCUCAGACUUGUCAGAAUCAUCUUCGGAUGAAAACAAUACCAAUUUGUCCCAUCAUCCGCUUGAAAAACUCGACAAGUUUGAAGUUGUUGAAACCUUGCACAAGUUACACAGAGAACCCGACAUUGCAUUGUCAUAUAUUACCCAAUUAAAAGAAUCCGGUUUUAAACAUGAUGUUGUAACUUAUAUGGCAAUUGUUCGACUUCUGUGUGAUUGGGGUAUGGAUAUGAGAUUAUAUAAUGUGUUUAUGGAUGUUAUAAAGGAUAUAGAUGGGGAAUUUUUUAGUUUUGGAAUUUCGGACUUGUUUGAAGCAUUGUUAGAGGAGAUAAAGGCGGAUGGACCAAAAAAAUUGAUAAAAGCUGUUGAUCUGUUCGUUAAGGUGUAUUCAAGUGUUGGAAGGUUUGAGGAGGCUAUAGAUACGUUGUACAAGAUAAGGAGAGGUGGACUUGUCCUGUCAACACAUACAUGUAAUUAUCUAAUGAACCAGUUGAUUGAGAGGGGCAAAAUAGAUAUGGUAGAGUCCAUUUAUAAACAAUUGAAGAGGAAAGGUUUGGUUCCAAAUGUAUAUACAUAUGGGAUUUUAAUUAAAGGACUUUGCAGGAAGGGUUGUUUGGAAGAAGCUUUGGAUGUCUUUAGACAAAUGGGCGAAGCUGGUGUGGAGCCUAAUGCUUUCACUUUUGGCACCUAUAUUGAUGGGCUUUGCUCAAAUAGAAAAGUUGAUUCAGCCUUUCAGUUAGUAAAAACUUUAAGGGAGUCAAAUACACCAGUCAAUGUUUUUGCUUACACUUCCAUCAUUCGAGGUUUUGUGAAAGAGUUGAAGCUAGAAGAUGCAGAAGUUGUCUUGCUUGACAUGAAGCAUGCAGGAGUUGUCAUUGAUGCACAUUGUUAUUGUGCCUUAAUUCAAGGGCAUUGCCAGAUUUUGAAUAUCAAUAAGGCCUUAGCUCUCCAUGAUGAAAUGGAAUCGAUGGGUAUUAAAAGCAAUUGUGUGAUUGUGAGCUCAAUUAUGCAAUGUUUGUGUCGUUUGGGCAUGCUGGCUGAAGCUGUAUACUGGUUCAUGGAUUUUAUGGAAUCAAGAAUUUUUCUUGAUGAAGUCUCAUUUAAUAUUGCAAUUGAUGCAUUAUGUAAACUCGGCAAAAUGGAUGAGGCCGUGGUAUUGCUACAAGAGAUGAAAAAUAAGAAAAUGGAGCCAGAUGUUGUGCAUUACACCACUUUGAUCAAUGGCUAUUGUCUCCAGGGAGAACUUUGGAAUGCAUUUGAAAUUGUUGAGGAGAUGAAGGGGAAUGGCUUGAAACUAGAUAUUAUCACUUAUGAUGUGCUUGCUGGUGGGUUGUCAAGAAGCGGCCUUUUCGAGGAGACAAUUGGUCUUCUACAUGACAUGCGGGCACAAGGUUUAGAACCUACCAAUGGUACAUAUAGCGUGAUCCUUAUGGGCUUAUGUAAGGGGGGAAAGGUGAAAGAAGCCGAACUUUUUUUCAACAGUCUUGAAGGGAAAAAUUUAGAUAACUAUGCUGCAAUGAUGAAUGGAUAUUGUGAAGCAAACAAUACUAGAAAUGCUUUUGAACUUUGGCUGUCCAAUCAAGGGCUUAUUGUGAAAAGGGCUUCUUGCUUGAAACUUCUAAGCUGCCUUUGUGCAGAAGGUGAAACUGAAAGAGCUCUGACACUAUUUCAAGCACUCGAGGCAUCAGGUCCUUGUAAGAUGAUGUACAGUGAACUUGUAUAUUUGUAUUGCCGUGUUGGAGAUAUGAGAAUGGCUAGGUGGGUUUUUGAUAAAAUGAUUCUGAAAGGAUUGACACCGGAUGUCAUUACCUACACGAUGAUGUUAAAUGGUUAUUGCAGAAUCAAUUGCUUGAAGGAAGCUCAAUAUCUUUUUAAUGAUAUGAAAAAUAGGGGUAUCAAACCUGAUAUCAUCACCUACACAGUUUUGCUUCAUGAACGGUGUAGAGGGGAUGAUGUGUUGAUCUUGAGUGAAAUCAUGGAGGCGGGUUUAAUUCCUGAUGUUAUUUGCUACACUGUUAUGAUUGACAGGCGUUGUAAAUCAGGCAACCUACGAGAUGCUAUUGACCUCUUUGAUGAAAUGAUAGAUAAAGGUCUCCAACCAAAUACUGUGACAUACACGGCUCUUGUAUGUGGUUAUUGUUCUCAGGGAUAUAUGGAGAAGGCUGAAACACUUGUUGAUGAGAUGAUAUCAAAGGGGAUCCAGCCUAACUCGCGAACAAUGAUAGCAUUAAAUACUGUGAAGGCCAAGAAAAUGCAAUUUAAGCGUUAAAACUCCUCUUUACAGGGAUAUAAGGAGAAGGCUGAAACACUUGUUGAUGAGAUGAUAUCAAAGGGGAUCCAGCUGAACUCACGUGCAUAGAUAGCAUUAAAUACUGUGAAGGCCAAGAAAAUGCAAUUUAAGUGUUGGAGUUCUGUGAUCAUACAUCACCACCACAUCGGUGAUUAUCCCAAACCCGCCGGCGCAACUUGUGGUUUGAUCUAUUAUUACAACUCCGACUACUUCACCAAAGAUAACGGGACUAGCGAGUCCAUACAUGCUUAUACACAAACUUGUUCAUUUGUGAGGCUGGAUCUUCAAUAAGCAGCUGCUGGUUGCUACUCUUCUGCUCUCACUUUCCAGAAAUAUCAUGUCUUGUUAUUGGUUGUGGAACUCCAUAAUCUCCCGCGGAUGAUAUCGAGUUGAGUAGUUGGUUCGCCAUGCUCGUAUGCAUUUACCAGUUACCACAAUCAUGGAAAAAGGGCCAUCAGCAAGAAUUAUGAUUGCUUGGAUAUCCUGGGGUUCGAGUGUCUGAAUGUUACAUGGUUUUGGCUGGGAUGAGAAAGCCACUGAUGAAAGGUAAAGUCCUUUUUUUGAAGUAUAUAAUAUCUAUACAAGGCAAAUACUCGUGCCCACUCCUCACAUUUGGCGAUGUUUGACCCCUUGACCUUUUGAAAGGUCGGGUUCUACCGGUAACCCGAGAGUAAAGUUAUCGUUUCUUCAUAACCGGUUGACAUUAGCAACAACUGACAACUCCUGUAAUUAUCUUUUUGAUACAUUUUGAUUCAUAUUAAUUCUUUGACACCAAUAACAAUUUCUUCAAUAAACUAUGUGUGGAUUUU